UUUUAACGUAGUUAAUUGAUUUUUUUUCAAAGGUAGAAAAGGGUUUUAAUAUAAUAAUUAGUUAGUACCAAUAAGAUAUUUCUUACUAUUAAACUUCAAAAAGAAAGAAAAGAAAUUGUGUUUUGAGUUGGUGGUGCAUAGAUCAUCACGUGCUCACCUUCUUCCUCCAGAUUCAAUUAGAUGGAGAUGAGCAGCUUCUAGUCUAUUUAAGAAUUAAACAUCCGUUCACAGAAGUACCAGUCUCAUAAUUCCUCCUAGUCCUAACCACCAGUGAACUUUGAAACUUAGCAACUGAAAGAGCCAUGGCCACCCAACCCAUCUCAAAGAAGACAGCCUGUGUGAUCGGAGGUACAGGGUUCGUGGCAUCUUUGCUGGUGAAGCUGUUGCUAGAGAAGGGCUAUGCCGUCAAAACCACUGUCAGAGACCCUGACAAUCAGAAGAAGAUCUCUCACCUCACAGCACUACAAGAUUUGGGUGAACUAGAAAUUUUAGCAGCAGAUCUAACUGAUGAAGGGAGCUUUGAUGCCCCCAUAUCAGAUUGUGACCUUGUUUUCCAUGUUGCCACACCUGUCAACUUUGCCUCCGAGGACCCUGAGAACGACAUGAUCAAACCAGCAGUUCAAGGGGUGCUAAACGUUCUGAAAGCAUGCGUGAAAGCCAAAACAGUUAAACGCGUUGUUUUGACAUCAUCAGCAGCUGCAGUGUCGAUCAACACACUUAACGGAACAGGUUUGGUCACAGACGAGAACGAUUGGAGUGAUGUUGAGUUCUUGAGUACUGCAAAGCCACCUACUUGGGGCUAUCCUGUCUCCAAGACACUGGCUGAGAAGACAGCUUGGAAAUUCGCCGAAGAAAACAACAUUGAUCUCAUCACCGUCAUCCCUUCUCUUAUGGCUGGUUCUUCUCUCACUCCAGACGUCCCCAGCAGUAUCGGCCUAGCCAUGUCUUUAAUUACAGGAAAUGACUUCCUCAUAAAUCAUGCCUUGAAAGGGAUGCAACUACUAUCAGGUUCAAUCUCCAUUACACAUGUGGAGGAUGUCUGCCGGGCUCAUAUAUUUUUGGCUGAGAAAGAAUCUGCUUCUGGUCGGUAUAUAUGCUGCGCUGUCAAUUCCAGUGUUCCUGAGCUUGCAAAGUUCCUCAACGAAAGAUACCCUGAGUACAAAGUCCCCACUGAGUUUGGAGAUUUUCCCUCGAAGGCCAAGUUGAUCCUCUCUUCAGAGAAGCUUAUCAAGGAGGGGUUCGACUUUAAGUACGACAUUGAACAAAUAUAUGACCAAGCUGUGGACUACUUCAAGGCUAAGGGGCUGCUGCAGAACUAGAACUAAGUCUCGGUAGUUUAAUUAUGAUCCUGUUACAUGAAUCACAUAUGUGUGAUUGGCGUUUAUCUAGCUAUGUUCUGUCUUGGCCGUAUGUACUCUUGUAAAAUUCAAUCAUAAUUUGUUGAGUUUGGCAAUGGCGUAUCUUGUGUGCAGUUUCUGAAGCA